UGGUUGGAUGAGAUCCAGAUUUGUCCCUCUAGGGGGUGCUAGUUCCAUCCCAUCUUCAAGGAAUUGGAUAGCUGAGAGGGCAAGGAUAACAACAUGUUCUGCCUGCAUGUUCAGAUCGGCACAUCCCUAGUGUUGUCAAUGCCUGAGGGGAUGUUGUGUACAGAAUGAGUUAGCGAAAAGCUACAGAUAGCGUAUUGGUGCUCUUGCAUCGGAUCUGAGAAACGCAGGGUGCAACCCUGGUUCUAGACCAGGCAUCCCCAAACUGUGGCCCUCCAGAUGUUUUGGCCUACAACUCUCAUGAUCCCUAGCUAACAGGACCAGUGGUCAGGGAUGAUGGGAAUUGUAGUCCAAAACAUCUGGAGGGCUGAAGUUUGGGGGUGGGUGUUCUAGACACUGCAAGGCCCCGAAUGUUGCUGUAUCUCAGCUUCUGGUUUCCAUCUGUAAAAUGGAAAUAAGAAGCUUUCCUCAUAGGAUCAUUGUGAAAAGAAGCUUCACAAGGAAAUGUUGAUGUGUGACCUGUGCCUUUGGCUGAACUGUAUAGCUAAGAAAGUGUUGAAGAUGUUUGGCCAGCAGGACAUUUGACAAUGACAGCUAUUUUAGCAACCGUUUUUACAAAGCCAUAUAGGGAGUCUGAAGGGCCUUUUCAGUGGUGGCUCCCAGCUUGUAGAAUGCGCUCUCCAGGGAUCUGGCACCAUCUUUAUCCAGUUUUAGGCGCCAAGCAAACCCUUUUCUCUAUUCCUGGCCUUUUGGCCUUAAUUUGAAGAAUAGCACUGUGGUGUCUUUUAGUGGGGCAGGGCCCGUAGUCCUACCUUUUCGUUCAGCUGUGCUUUUAGGCUUUUUAAUAUGUAUUGCUUGAAUUGUAGGUUUUUAUUGUUGCUUUGAAUUGGUUUUAAUGUUAGUCCCCUUGAAUUAAUUUGCAAGAAAAUAAACUGGCAAAUAUUAACAUUAAAAAUAAUAAAGUGUCUGGCCUGUAUUAGGAUUGAGGCAAGUAGCAACCUACUCUAUCAGAGAUCAUGGUAGUUCACAGCAUUGAGUGCACUCUUCAAACCCUCUGGCUAUGCAGGGGUUCUGGGCAACCUAUCACUAAUAGUGGCUUUUAUUCUCAUGCUAUGGAAGUUACUUGAACAAAGGAAAAUUCAAAAAUCUACUGAGCAACAGCGACUUUGAGUCACAUGAUGGAUUUUGCUGCUGUGAUGUCCCUUAGCUUCUCCCUCAGAAAACAUCACUGGGACUCCUUUAUCCAAGACACGGUGGAAAACUUUGUCUGUGAAACGUUUGGGGCUCCUGGGAUGAAUGUUGCUUGAGCCCCACGAGGGAUGAAUGCUGUUAUUCUCUGUCUACCAGAAAAAGACAAAUCUAGAACCAGACCAAAAGUCCAUUGUUAGAAGGAAAGCUUCCACUGUGAGCAAGAACAGCGAUUUCUGGGCUGGAGAAAUAGUGCAAAGUGUAUUCUCAGGACAGUGGGACCUAAGACAACAGCGCAAAGUUACAGAAAUUACCAAACAAAUUGAAGGUAUGCAGAGCACAGAAGGUGCAGGGGCGCAACCACAACAACACAAAUUCCAGGAAAUUCCUCUCCAAAGUGAUGCAGGACAAGCAGGGAGCUCUGGCGCUUCAGGACAACAAUGGGGCUUUCCACGACAGUCAAAGAGCUCUGGUUCUUCAGGUCAACCAGGGAGCUCUGGCUCUUCAGGACAACAACGAGGGUCUUCAGGACAAGCAGGGAGCUCUGGCUCUUCAGGACAACAAUGGGGUUUUCCAGGACAGUCAAAGAGCUCUGGCUCUUCAGGUCAACCAGGGAGCUCUGGCUCUUCAGGAGAACAACGGGGCUCUAUGGGGCAAGCAGGGAGCUCUGACUCUUCAGGACGAGGGUCUUCAGGGCAAGCAGGGAGCUCUGGCUCUUCAGGAAGAGGGUCUUCAGGGCAAACAGGGAGCUCUGACUCUUCAGGACGAGGCUCUUCGGGACAAGCAGGGAGCUCUGGAUCUUCAUGCCAAGCAGGGAACUCUGGCUCUUCAGGACGAGGGUCUUCAGGGCAAGCAGGGAGCUCUGGCUCUUCAGGACAAGGGUCUUCAGGGCAAGCAGGGAGCUCUGGCUCUUCAGGACGAGGCUCUUCGGGACAAGCAGGGAGCUCUGGAUCUUCAUGCCAAGCAGGGAGCUCUGGCUCUUCAGGACGAGGCUCUUCGGGACAAGCAGGGAGCUCUGGAUCUUCAGGCCAAGCAGGGAGCUCUGGCUCUUCAGGACGAGGGUCUUCAGGGCAAGCAGGGAGCUCUGGCUCUUCAGGACGAGGCUCUUCGGGACAAGCAGGGAGCUCUGGAUCUUCAGGCCAAGCAGGGAGCUCUGGCUCUUCAGGACGAGGGUCUUCAGGGCAAGCAGGGAGCUCUGACUCUUCAGGACGAGGCUCUUCGGGACAAGCAGGGAGCUCUGGAUCUUCAGGCCAAGCAGGGAGCUCUGGCUCUUCAGGACGAGGGUCUUCAGGGCAAGCAGGGAGCUCUGACUCUUCAGGACGAGGCUCUUCGGGACAAGCAGGGAGCUCUGGAUCUUCAGGACGAGGCUCUUCGGGACAAGCAGGGAGCUCUUCAGGACAACAACAACAACAAAAAAUCCAGGACCUUCCUAGUCCAAGCCAAGACAACAAGGGCGGUGAAUUAUCUAGAAUGAACCCCUACGCUGGCCUUGUGGACUGCCUGCGUGCCACCUGGCUGACGGGAAAGACACGUCCCAUGGAGUAUCGGAAAGGGCAGCUGGAGGCACUGAACCGCUUCCUGGAAGAGAGGAGGUCAGAUCUUCUGCAUGCCCUGAACCAAGACAUGCGAAGGCCCCAUUUCGAAGGGGAUGUCGCUGAGGUUGCCUUCACAAGGAGUGAGGUGAACAAUGCCCUUAACAACCUGUGCUGCUGGAUGAAGGAUGAGAACGUGAGCAAGAACUUGGCCACCCAGCUUGACUGUGCCUUCAUUCGCAAGGACCCGUACGGUGUGGCCGUCAUCAUUGCACCCUAUAACUACCCCAUCCAUCUUCUCUUGGUGCCUCUUGUGGGGGCCAUCGCAGCUGGGAAUUGCGUGAUUGUCAAACCCGCAGAGCUAGCCCGCCACACCGAAAGGCUUCUUGCCGAAGCGCUGCCUUGCUAUCUUGACCCGGAAACCUUUGCUGUAGUGACAGGUGGCACUGAAGAGGUAACCAAACUACUGGAGAACCAGUUUGAUUACAUCUUUUUCACAGGGAGUCCCCGUGUGGGAAAGAUUAUCAUGACUGCAGCAGCCAAACACCUGACCCCAUUGACUCUGGAGCUGGGGGGCAAAAACCCCUGCUAUGUGGAUAAAUGCUGCAAUUUCCAGAACGCGGCCAACCGAAUUGUCUGGGGAAAGUUCUUCAACGCUGGCCAGACUUGCAUUGCGCCAGACUAUGUGAUCUGCACCAUUGAGACGCAGGAGAGGCUGAUGCCCUGCUUGCGCCAAGCUAUCCGUGAGUUCUACGGCGAGUGCCCCCAGGAUUCGCCCGACUUUGGCCGUCUGAUUGACGAUAAGCACUUCCGCCGUCUUCGAGCAUUCCUGGAAUGUGGCCGAGUGGCCAUUGGUGGAGAGUCUGAUGAAAGUGACCGUUACAUUGCCCCCACUGUACUGGCUGAUGUGAAGGAGUGGGAGCCGAUCAUGCAAGAAGAGGUCUUUGGGCCCAUCUUGCCCAUUUUCACCGUGGGAGACUUGGACGAGGCCAUCCACUACAUCAAUAGAAAGCAACGCCCACUAGUUGCCUAUGCCUUCUCCUGUGACUGCAAGGUUGUGAACCGCGUAUUGGAUUGUACAAGCAGUGGCAAUUUCUGUGGCAAUGAUACCAUCAUAUACUCAACAUUGGUCUCCUUACCAUUUGGUGGCAUAGGAUACAGUGGCUUAGGCAAGUACCACGGCAAGUUCAGCUUUGACACAUUCACUCAUCAACGUGGUUGCCUCUUGCGCUGCAUGGGAAUGGAGGCAAUCAACACCAUUCGCUACCCUCCCUAUACCGAAAGCAAAUUACAAUUGUUGGUCUCCGUUCUUGAAGUCAAGCGUAAAGGCAUGUGCACCUUGUUGUGAACUCCAUGAAUCGCAUAUGCCUUCUGGCCCCAGGAGCUGCUAAGAAAAAUUUAGCUGCUGGAGACAGAGAAGAUUGUUUUAUCUGGCUCUCUCCUCACCUCCCAAUAAGGCACUUGCCUAAACUCUUAUCUCCUGGAAAAGCUUGCCCCGUUAUCUUGAUUACUUGAUACAUGCUCUCCCACCCCUCCCCUUUUUCUGGUCCCCCCUUUUGGUCAGUCCAAUACCUAGCUGGUGGUUAUAUUUAAAUGUCAUACAAUGUAUAGGACCACCUACUUCAGUUAGCUAAGUACUUGCAAGGUUUUUGCAGUAGGUAAAAUCAGAGUUUACUUUCCCUUUUAACAGAGUUUUAUGAAGCUAAUUACUGAUUUAAUGUCCAUGAUCACCAAUUACUUUGUAAAGACUGGUGAACACUGUACACUGGAAUAGCUUUCCUCACAAAUAUAUCUGUAUGAUUUCUUAAGGAGUGAUAUUUUCAUGGGUGAAAGUAGAGGCUGGUGCUUAAACCAAUUUAAUUCCAAGGAGAUUCAAAGUUAAAUCCAUGCAACUUGUUGUACAGCCAAAUCUUCUUUUAGUUCUAUACCCUCAAUGCAGUCAUGGCUAUACCCCUUCUAGUACAGUAGUACCUUGAGUUACAAAUGUCUCAGGUUACAAAUGCUUUAGGUUACAAACUCCGCUAACCUGGAAGAGUUACCUCGAGUUGAGAACUUUGCCCCAGGAUGAGAAUGGAAAAUGUGUGCCGGUGGUGCAGCGGCAGCAAGAGGCCCGAUUAGCCAAAGCAUGCCUCUAGUUAAGAACAGUUUCAGGUUAAGAACGGACCUCUGGAACGAAUUAAGCUUAUAUCUAGAGGUGUCACUGUAAUCACAAUUCUUCUGAUAUCCGUUUCUGUACAUUAGCCACAUCCUUAACUCAGAUUCCUCAUCCCAUCAAUAACUUCUGCACUAGACAAUCCUAAGCAUCUGUACUCAAAAGUUAAUUCCUACCAAGUUCAACGGGGCUUGCUUGCUAGUAAUUAUGCUUAUGAAUGCAGCCUUAUUAACACUGCUUGCAUAACCGAACAUUUUACAAGUAAAUGUUUUAUUUCUGUAAUAAAGAUCUUGCAUCAAAUCUAA